AUGAAGAUAAGCUCCCGUAUGGAGGAUGAGGGUAUCGAGCCAAAAUUUGAUGAUAUCCUGAAAUUGGUAAAAGAUAGUGUCAAUCAAUCUAUGAGCAAGUUUGCCAGUAUAUUGAAUCUCACCCAUAGAAUAGAGCAGUCUGAGGGGAAAACGUACUCAUUGAUGACGAAAGGGCCUCAGAGAGGUGGAUAUCGAGAAGGCUCCAUGAUGUCUAG